GGUUUCGAGUGUUCUGCUGCGAGUAGACCAAACCCAGACCCUGAUCGGGGAGCCUGUUCAGAGUGUUUUGAGCAACGCGUGUGACCGGUAGUGUUAACAAAUAAUCCACCCUGUGUGUGUGUGAACGAUGAACAGAUUCGUUGGAGUGAUCAUACUUUCGGCACUGGUGAUCGGUGCCUUAGGUCAGAACGACGGCCGUGAUGCUGAGGUGAGAGAUCGCGCCGGCAAUGGGUACGAGGUCCUGGUCGAGUCGUCCCUGCACGUGCGAAAGGCAAACCCGGCCGUACGACGCAACGUGCGCAGCGUGCUAGAUCUGCUGGUGCCACCGGAAGCGGUGCUCGUGCGCCAAAAGCGCCAAUUCAAUGGGUUCGGUGCGUCCAGCUCGAAUGCUAAUGCCAACGCCUUCAACCAGUAUUACGGCCCGAACGGAUUUGGAGCGAGCGCGGCCAACGCGGGCGCACAGUCCUUCUACAACCAGGGACCGGGUGGUGGUUUCGGUGCAUCGGCAGCCAACUCCGCCUCGCAAGGCUUCUCGGCCGGUCCGGGCGGUUUCUCGGGCUCCGCUGGACAGUCCGGUAGCCAGAGCUACAAGCUUCCCGGCAACAAGGACGUGAACCUGUCGUACAGUGGUGGAUUUUCCGUUGCCAACGGCCAGCCCAGCGUAUCGCAGGGCAGCUCGAUCAGCUUCUCGAAGAAGUAGACUAGCGGCACACAACAGCGCUGAACGACGACAAUAAACACGGCAACACGAGACGAGCGGACAAUGACUCGGUAUAGAACUAAGUGCACGCGAGAGGAACCUUAAUGUCUCGGCAAUGGAAAUAAAAGUGUCUCUGCGUAACAA